AAAGACAAUUUCCGCAAUGAAGGCUAUUGCUGGGUUGCAUAUGACAUCACGUCCGUUCUUCUUCUUGAUUGACAGGAUGGCCAAGCAGCUUGAGCGUAGCAUCAAAACAAGCUGAAGACUAGAACUCCAAGGGGAAGAAAAGAAAGAAUGAGUAGUGGAACUUUCCUGCUGCCAUGAAGAUGUAGUCGCACUCGCACUCGCACGUGUGUUUAUGCAAACAUGAAUGGGUUGGUGUCCACGUUUGGGGUGAAGCAGAAUUAGAGGAAGCCGUGGUGUCCAUUAUGCUUGAGGAGGACAUUAUAAACUGCACCAUCAGCCAUGAAAUCCACCAGAACCUCUUCUCCAUUGUUUAUAUCCUGGUACUGUUGGUGGGUGUUCCCUCCAACCUCUACGCUCUGUACCAUGCGGUUCUGCAGCUGAAGCAAAAGAAUGAAUUAGGGGUUUACUUGAUAAACCUCACCGUGUCUGAUCUGUUAUACCUGACGUCAUUACCACUCUGGCUCCAGUACAUUUUCCAGGAUGACGAUUGGCGCCAUAGAGAAUGGUUGUGCCAACUGUGUGGCUUUCUUCUCUAUGAGAACAUCUAUAUCAGCAUUGGCUUCCUAUGCUGUAUCAGUCUGGAUCGCUACCUGGCUGUGGUCCACCCUUUAAGGUUCACCUUCCUGCGCUCCAUGGCUGCAGCCGGUCUUUUUAGCGCCAUCAUCUGGCUGAAGGAGAUCGCAGUGGGGGUUGUUUUCUUCCGCCAUAAAGAGCUGAGUCCAACGCCCUACAACCAGUCGGUGUGCUUCGAGCAUUACCCCAUGCAGCCCUGGGAGUACCCGGUCAACUACUACCGUGUCACCAUUGGUUUCAUGUUCCCACUGGCCAUUCUGCUGGUCAGCUACUUGUGCGUGCUUCGGGCUGUGGGUCAGAGUGCCGGCACACAGCCAGUCCAGAAGACCAGAAUCCGGCAGUUAGUAAGCAGCACCAUACUCAUUUUCCUCAUCUGCUUCUCCCCUUACCACAUCUUCCUGCUGGUACGCACCGUGCUGGAGCGGGACUGUAACUUUAUCACAGGGAUAUUCAACUAUUACCACCUGGCACUCUUGUUGACCUCUCUGAACUGUGUGGCCGACCCUGCACUCUACUGCUUCGUCAGCGAAAGUGCCCGCCAUGGCUUCUUCAGGGCCGUUUUUCGGCCCGCGACCAGGUUUCUGUGUUGCUGCCUUGGUGGCGGGAAUGCUGGUCUCCCUAACGUCGCCACCGAUUCCCAUCAAGUCCCUAUUGAUGUGACCACGCUGACGAGGCUCUCUCAUAUGAGCAAGACCAGCACAACCGUGAUCCUAAUCACCGCGGACGAUACAAAAAGAGUCAUACCAUUCACUUUACAAGACAGGAGUGAUGGAAAGAGUAUUGUCGAGACAGAGAAAAUGUCCCACACAAGUGUUAUCAUGAAGUGAAUGGAUCCAAGGAACAAACAUCAGGCUGUAGAUGUCCCACACAAGUGUUAUCAUGAAGUGAAUGGAUCCAAGGAACAAACAUCAGGCUGUAGAUGUCCCACACAAGUGAAUGGAUCCAAGGAACAAACAUCAGGCUGUAGAUGUGACAAGUGCUGAUGUGUUUACAAUUUAAGCGACUGCAGAUCCUUCACCAUCACAUACUUUACUAUUUAUAAGACCAUGGUCAAAGUUGUGGACAGUAGAGAUGAGUCUGGUCAAGCGUCCAUCUAUUGCUACUGAGCACCAUCUCAGUUCAGCCUCCGGAGAGGAAUGUUGUACCACAGACACGGGGUCGGAUCCAAUAAGCUUGACUUCCUGCUACUCCUUUUCGGGCGUGUUGAGUCGUGUAACUUUGAGAAUGAGAUCUGAUCCAGUGUGACCUGUUUGCACCUUUGAAAUUAACUCAAAGUCAAAGA